AUGUCCCACCUGCUGUUCAAAGAAGCAGUUCGCCUGCCUGGUCCCCGGAGCGUCGGGCUGCGUGCCUUCUUCGGCACAAUUCCACUUCAGAAAGCCUUUCAAGAGAUAGAGUCACGAAUGAUCUCCUCCUUGUCAACUGCUGCGAGGCCAAACGGGGCUUUGCAGAGCACGCCCGUGGAGCUUCUGCGAGCCUAUGAGGCGGGGCAGCGAUCCGAGGCCCGGGACUCGGAUUCACCGUGUGAAGAGUCACCCCUCGAAUUGCUUUCGUUUCAAGGUUUCCCUGUGGCUGUACUCAGUGGCGGUGGUGGCGGCAGUGGCCAGCGACUUGCAGAGACCGCCAGCACAUGCAUGACGGAGAGGGAUUUGUUCGGCGCCAGGUCCUCUUCGUGCUUUGGCACCACCGCUACCACCGGGCAGAGCUCCCUGGUGGAGGCAGUAGAGGUCGACCUGGAGGCGGGCGGCGAGCCGUUGCAGGUGGAGGCGGUGGAAGUCGACCUGGAGGCGGGGCUCCCUGGCCCGUCGCAGGUGGAGGCUGUGGAGGUCGACGUGGAGGCGGGCGGCGAGCCGUUGCAGGACCCAACUGGGCUCAGCGACGCGGAGACCGAGGAGGAAGAGCCGGGCGAGGCACAGUCCGGUCUCCCGCCCGGCUUGACUCUGACGGCACCGCCCGAGGAGUUUAUGCUGCCACCCUUGGCGUCACCAGCAUCCUCGACAGCCCCAGACAGCCAGCCGGUCUGGAUGACUCGAGGCCUUCCAGAGGGUCCAUCCCCUUUGCUGCUGGAGGCGCUGGAGCUGGCCCGGCUGCCGUACACGCCAGAGCUGAUUGAGUAUUCUCGGCACCUGGGGAUGGACCCAAUCGCCGACAGCGAUCUUCUAUGGAUCGCUGUUGAGGCCUUGAAAGCGCCGCUGCCGUUCGACUGGACGGUGCACUUCGACGCCAGCGGCAAGGCUUUCUACUACCACGCAGCCACCGGAGCUACCUCAUGGACCCAUCCGAUGGAGUACUUAUUUCGCCACACCUACCGGAACAUGCUAAAGGAGGCUGGCAGGCUGUGA